CUCACAAACAUAUCGUGUGCACGUGAUCGUCGCCCGUCCGCCUCUUGUUCUGGCUAUAUCUCAUGGAUGACUCUACAAUUGUUCUUUGCAUAACAAGUCCUUGCGUGCCAAAACCUCGUUGUCACCACCCUGUCGAGACAACACCAUAGUGGAACAGGACACAAGGACAGCUCUUCUUUAGCUGUACCUGGUGUUAUCUUUACAGGGCCUUUGAAGUCGCCACACGGCUUCGAUUCCAUUUUUUCAGUCGCAGACUUUGGCCCACGAUCUCUCACAAUAACCUCACGAUGCUCCGAUCACAACCAGCGCGGUCAGCUGUCCGCAGCUUGGUGAAGGCGUCCACCCGAACAUCGAAACCUCUCUCAACUUCUUCCGCCGCCAGAGUUAUAUCAGCACCGAAAAAGACUCCCGGUACUACCAGAUCACAAGCCACAACCGCGGCUGCUUCGUCGCAAGCAAGAGAACCUCCGGCGUCAACAUUCAACACAACUCCUCCGCAAAAUGAGCCGCAACCUCUUCAGAAUGCGAGGCAACCCGAGAUGGAUGAGUCGUUCAUUGGGAUGAGUGGAGGAGAAAUCUUCCAUGAGAUGAUGCUCAGGCAAGGCGUUAAGCAUGUUUUUGGUUACCCUGGCGGCGCUAUUCUCCCUGUAUUCGAUGCGAUCUACGACUCAAAACAUUUUGAAUUCAUUUUACCGAAACACGAGCAAGGUGCUGGACAUAUGGCCGAAGGUUAUGCCCGUGCAUGUGGAAAGCCGGGUGUGGUUCUGGUAACCUCUGGACCCGGUGCCACCAAUGUGAUAACGCCUAUGCAAGACGCUCUUUCUGAUGGUACACCGAUGGUGGUAUUCUGCGGUCAGGUCGCUACAACAUCCAUUGGAAGUGAUGCUUUCCAGGAGGCUGAUGUCAUUGGUAUCUCGAGAUCUUGCACCAAGUGGAAUGUUAUGGUUAGAAACGUCGCAGACCUGCCCAGGAGAAUUAAGGAGGCCUUCGAGAUUGCCACAAGCGGACGCCCUGGACCAGUUCUCGUCGAUUUACCAAAGGAUGUUACUGCAUCGAUCCUGAGAAAGGCUAUCCCGAUGAUCAGCACUCUCCCAUCAUCGCCGAGUGCAGCUUCCAAGGCGGCAUCAGAGAUCACCCAGAGGCAAAUCCAAGCUACUAUCAAGCGUGUCGGAGACUUGAUCAACAUUGCGAAGAAGCCUGUGAUCUACGCUGGACAGGGUAUUCUUGCACUCCCAGAGGGCCCAAAGCUGCUCAAGGAGCUUGCCGAUAAGGCCUCCAUCCCUGUGACCACAACCCUCCAGGGCCUCGGUGGCUUUGAUGAGCUUGACGAGAAGUCUCUCCACAUGCUGGGUAUGCACGGAUCUGCAUACGCAAACAUGUCGAUGCAGGAGGCCGAUCUUAUCAUUGCUCUCGGAGCAAGAUUCGAUGACCGUGUGACUCUUAACGUUCCAAAAUUCGCUCCUCAGGCAAAACUUGCCGCUACCGAGGGCCGUGGUGGAAUUGUCCACUUCGACAUCAUGCCAAAGAACAUCAACAAGGUUGUUCAGGCCACUGAGGCCGUUGUCGGUGACGCGGCAGCAAACAUUGCCAAGCUCCUCCCAUACGUUGACGUCAAGACCAUGGACGAUCGCUCGGAGUGGUUCGGCCAGAUCAAUGCAUGGAAGAAGAAGUUCCCUCUCUCCUUGUACGAGAGGUCUGGAGAAAAUGGCAUGAUUAAACCGCAGACCGUCAUCGAGGAGCUCUCCAAGCUGACCGCUCACCGCAAGGAGACCACCAUCAUCUCCACUGGUGUUGGCCAACAUCAGAUGUGGACCGCCCAGCACUUCCGCUGGAGACACCCCCGCACCAUGAUCACCUCCGGUGGUCUCGGCACGAUGGGUUUCGGUCUUCCCGCCGCCAUCGGCGCAAAGGUCGCUCGCCCAGACGCCCUUGUCAUUGAUAUUGACGGCGACGCCUCGUUCAACAUGACUUUGACCGAGAUGUCCACCGCCCAUCAGUUCAACAUUGGCGUCAAGAUCAUCGUCCUGAACAACGAGGAGCAGGGCAUGGUCACCCAGUGGCAAAACCUCUUCUACGAGGAUAGAUACGCACACACCCACCAGCAGAACCCCAACUUUAUCAAGUUGGCGGAUGCUAUGGGUGUCCAGGCACGGAAGUGCGAGAAGCCAGAGGAUGUCGUUGACAGCCUCAAGUGGCUCAUUGAGUCCGAUGGACCAGCCUUCUUGGAAAUUGUUACCGAUAAGAAGGUCCCCGUCUUACCGAUGGUGCCGACAGGAGCUGGCCUACACGAGUUCCUUGUAUAUGACGAGGGCCGCGACAAAGAGCGUAGGAAACUCAUGAGUGAGCGUACUUGCGGUCUCCACAAGUAAACUUACCGCUUGUCGUUUCUCUACAUCUGCCAUUAAUACUACAUAUCUUCAUCGUCGCGGUCUCCACAUCCCCCGAAGAGUCUCUGUUUUAUAUCCGGGCAUGGCGUUAUCGCUCUCUGGGGCAAAAGUUCUCGUUCUAGUUGUCAAGAUGUAUCCGAUUGUUUUUGGGGUGAAAGGAAAUAUUUAAGCUUCAAAAGUGAUAGCUUACGGGGAUUAUGCGGUCUACGUGGUAUAUAGUGUCUGGGCAUACUUGAUGAGGAAUAUGAACACGCUUUUCCCCGU